GUGCGGCUCUGACGUGAUCACGCAGCGCUGUGUUGUCAUCAGGAGAUAUAGCAAUUAUCGGUGCGUCAGCAACAGGUGAAGUGUCUGCGUGUCCAGGUGUGUUUUACCUGAGUUAGCGCUCCUCAAUAUGUACUACAAAGUGAACGGAGUGACGCAGCGGCUAACCGGAGCUCCCGCCUCCUCCUACAACCCGCAGGGUCUUCGUCCCAGCGUACCUCCUGUUUCUCCUCCCAUCAUUUUUGCAUCUCCAACCAAACUGGUGUCAGAAACAAGAAGUCAGGUGGAGUACAUGGGAGCCAACAGAGUCCAAGAAAUGCAGAAACUGUUCCAGAAGGCAGACGGGGUCCCGGUCCACCUGAAGAGGGGUCUGAUCGACAGGCUGCUAUACCGGACCACCAUGGGUCUGACUGUGGGGGGGGUGCUCUACUGCCUCAUGGCGCUCUACAUCGCUGCCCAGCCUGGCAACAAGUGACGCCACCCAGAUGCUGCUCUCUAAUUGGACCAGAGGUGACGAUGAUGAGGCGUUCAGGGACAGGUGGAGGUUUUCUGAUGAGGUGUUCAGGGACCAUCUGUCUUCAGAUAAAAACACUUUGUACAGAAAUGUGAUUUAGUAAUAAAGUUUAUUUUGUUGUAAAAGAA